CUAUGUCGCAGAUUGUCUGUGUGAGGGUACUACGUCACGAAUCACGUGGUCAAACCAUGCAGAAACAAGAAAAGGGAAGGGAACUUUGACAACUUUUUGAAAUUUGUCUGGGGAAUACUGCUAUACAAGAAGAUGAUGAGCGCGUUUCGACUAGAUCUCAGCCCUUUGAAAGAACCACUGAGUUUUAUGCGUGUAUUGGAAUGGAUAUUCGCCAUUUUUGCUUUUGCUACAACUGGUGGUUAUUCUGGCUCUACUAGUUUCAACAUUGUGUGCAAUAACAGCAGUUCCAGCCAAGAAAUAAAUGCAUCCUUCAGCUACCCUUUUAGGCUCAAUACCCACAGUAUCCAAGUCCCAACCUGUGAAAAGAAUGGAACAGUGUUUAAAACCAUGUACCUGACUGGAGAUUACUCAUCUUCAGCUCAGUUCUUUGUAGCUAUUGGAGUUCUGGCAUUCCUGUACAGCACAGCUACUCUUGUGUUGUACCUGGGUUACCAGCACCUCUACCGUGAAUCUCCUCGCAACCCCAGCAUUGAUCUACUAUUAACUGGGAUCUUCACGUUUCUCUGGCUGGUGUGUUCAUCUGCCUGGGGAAAAGGCCUCACUGAUGUGAAGAGGGCAACCAGUCCAAAUCAUCUUCUGUUCAUAGCUGAUGUGUGUAAAAAAUUACACAUGUGCACUGCUGGGCACACCCCCUUAAUGGGCCGGCUCAAUUCCUCAGUGAUCUUUGGAUUCCUCAACUGUAUCCUGUGGGGAGGAAACUGCUGGUUCCUUUACAAGGAGACGCCAUUACACAAGCCAGCCAAUCAGCAAGAAGGAGCAGGACAGCCAUAAUUAAACAGCAGGUCACAUCCACAUUCAUCAAGCAGGUGUCGUUGCAGUAUUAAAGUGGUGCUACAUAGCACCCUGGUCGACUGAUGUUAUGGAUCUACCUGGCGUGAUAUGUGUCACAAACGCACCAAAGGUAUAUCUUCAAUAUAUUCAAAUGUUUGCAUAUUAAUACACACUACAGCAAAGCUGUAUAUUUAGAGAAGGUACUAGGGCACCUUACCAUAAAACGGUUUGUACUAAGUAAAUUGCACCAUUAAAAUGUUACAUUUCAUUUCUUUACUGUUACAUUUCUGUAUCAUUUGAACUUGUUACAUGAACAUGUAUGUUUUUGAUUCCUGUUCACUGACAUAUUGAAUUGGAUACAUAAGUUUACAGUUGUUCUGAUGUUCCCUUUUUAAAGCAAUUGAGGAUGUGCAGUACACCAUGCUGUUGUUUAGUUCAUUUUUGCCUUAUAAAAUAUCAUCUCAGCUUACAUUUCCACUGUACUUCUCAUGUUUAAAUUGUCCUUUUAUUAAUUAAACUGUGUGCCUUAUAACUUAGCCUAUUUUAAGAAAUGUUUACAUCAAUCCAGGCAAAACUGUUGUUAAAAACAAAUUGAUUGUUUUGUUUGUUUAACAAAGAGGAUUUUUUAAAAUAAAAAAUAAAAUAAAUUCAUGUUUUAUUA